GACGAGAUGAGAGAGACACAGCAGUGAAACGUCGAUUCAACGACCGAGUUACGACGUCGAGUCUGGCUCACAUAACUUUUCGAUUUCACUGCUUUAUUAGAUUCUCAGUGAGUUGUUUUUUGUUUUUUUCUCGUAAUGAGAGGUUUUCUAUUAAGUCGCCGAUUCGUUGUGGUUCUUGCUUCGGCACUCCUCGUUGUAAUGUUUCUCCUUGCUAUUCUCUCAGGACGUCCUGGUGUUUGCCAUAGUUUCAUAAGUUUGAGAUUCGAGAGAGGCAACUAUACCAUUCAUGGUCCUCAUCGCAAGCUUCUAGAUCCUGCUUCAUUAAUGAGUGAAGAACCAAACAGAAUGAGGGACAAGAAAUGCACAACAGCAGACAUUGUUAUUAACCAAGGACCCACAGACCCUCUUCCAAAUGGCAUACCAACAUACACGGUUGAGGUCACAAAUGCUUGUGACACUGGCUGUGAUAUCUCCAGAAUUCAUAUCAACUGUGGAUGGUUUAGCUCUGCUCAUCUCAUCAAUCCAAAGAUUUUCAAGCGCCUUUCCUAUAAUGACUGUCUUGUUAACGAUGGCAAACCCUUGCUCAAUGGUGACACACUCUCGUUUCAGUAUGCUAAUACUUUUCGGUAUCAACUAUCAGUUUCUUCGGUGGCUUGCUCUUAAUAAUUACAAUAACAAACAAAGCUUUUAUAUAAAGCUCAUAAAGCUGGACUAGGUUGGUAGCUGAAAUUACUUGAUACUCAUUUAGUUACCGUCGUCCAUUUUUGUGACAAAUUGGUUUUGCUCUAUGUUUGUGUUGGUGUUGGUGUUUUGAUCCUAGCUCAGAGAGUAAGGUGGGUUGAUUUGAUUUGGAGUUCUAUUCUAUACACUGUAAAGGUCGGGCCAUUUUAGACAGUUAACUGGGGAAGAAUAGAGCAAGGGAAACACGGAAAUGGUCACCAAAUGUUGCCAAGAUUUUGGUAAAUG